UUUGAUGUUGGAGGUGUAAGGGCGGAAUCGCCCUUUUGUGCCACUUGCUGCUGGGCAGAGCCCUGUGUGGGUGCGGGCCUGUGAGUGGCUGGCACCCCCCUCUGCCCUCACAGGAAUUAAGUGCUGCUGGCACUUGUGUUUGUGUAAAUGACCCAAAUAGUGUGGGUUUUCCACAUAAACCUGAAGGAACUGGGAUGCCUGCAUUGAGCACUGGCUUCUUGUUAUCGAUUGUCCCUACUUCGGGAGAAAUUCAGUUUAAAUCUGUAAAAUCAGUGCCUGAAAACCAAAAAGCACCUUACAAAUAGAACAGUGCAAAACUCAUUGGCCGUGCCCUAGUGCUUGAGGUAGUUUCCUCCUGGCAGCCUCAGUGCCAGGCAGAGGCUAUCUUAUUUUUUAAUUUUUUUUUAAUUGUUUCACCCUUUUAUCACUGGCAAGAAGCCCGAUGCCCACCUUUUCAGGCUUGUUCUGUUCAGGCUUUAUUGUCCCACACAGGAAGGGGGCAGGCAGGGAAUGACACCUACCUGCUAGGACAACACUGCAGCUUCCCUCGUUAAGGUGGCCGGGCAUGGGGAGCCCAGGGUGUUCGUACAGCUGCAGACACUUGAAACAGUUCGAUCAAACACUGUUAAAGAAGUCUGGAAAAAAUGAUCUGUGAAGUAACUCUGAUUCCAACCGGUGACUUUAGAUAACUUCUUUUUGAUUGAGAGAUUAUUUUCUAGCCCUUGGCGCUCUGCUUUGGAUUCUCUCCAGUCAUCCCAUUAUCUUUCUCGAAGUGUGUUGCCUCAAACUGGACACAAGACUUCAGCAGAAGCUUUACCAGCCCCAGCUGGAGGGAGAGGACACCUCAGCUGCUCUCAGUGAGUUUCACUGCAAGAGAAUGCUGAAUUGCAUGGACACAGGUGAUUGUAUGGAGCACGAGGGCUGGACUGGAGGUUCCCUAGAUGUUCUCUGCUGUAGUGAGAGGCAGUCCCCUGGAUCUUGCAAUGUAAGGUGUGGCUGUCCUCAUAAACUGAAAAAUAUGUCUAUCCGAGGCCUGAAGAAGAAACAACCAAAGACAUUUAAAGUCAAAAUUAUAACAGUGGAUGCUGAAAUGGAAUUCAGCUGUGAGAUGAAGUGGAAGGGAAAGGACUUGUUUGACUUGGUGUGCCGAGCACUUGGUUUAAGGGAGACCUGGUUCUUUGGCUUGCAGUAUACAAUGAAGGGAAUGUGCACCUGGUUAAAGAUGGACAAAAAGCAGGUUUUAGAUCAAGAAAUCCCCAAAGAAGAUCCCAUUAGCUUUCAUUUUUUGGCUAAAUUCUACCCAGAGAAGGUAGAAGAGGAACUGUUACAGGAAAUUACCCAGCAUUUAUUCUUCCUUCAGGUGAAGAAACAGAUACUGGAUGAAGAAAUCUAUUGCUCUCCAGAGGCAACAGUUUUACUGGCUUCUUAUGCUGUUCAGGCCAAGUAUGGUGACUAUGACCCGAACUUUCAUGAGCCAGGCUUUCUAGCCCAUGAUGAACUUUUACCCAAACGGGUCCUCAGGCAGUAUCAGUUGACAGCAGAGAUGUGGGAAGAAAAGAUUACUGCUUGGUAUGCUGAGCACAGGGGUAUUGCUAGGGAUGAAGCUGAGAUGAACUACUUGAAAAUUGCCCAAGACUUGGAAAUGUAUGGUGUCAAUUAUUUUCCCAUUGCUCAAAAUAAAAACCAUACAGAUCUCCUACUUGGAGUUGAUGCCAAAGGUAUUCAUAUCUACAGCAUUAAUAACAGGUUCUCUCCAAAUAAGUCAUUUGAGUGGAGUGCUAUCAGAAACAUUUCCUAUAGUGAGAAGGAGUUAACUAUUAAACCUCUUGACAAAAAAGCAGAAGUCUUCAAGUUUUUUUCCUCUCAGCUAAAAGUAAACAAAUUGAUUUUGCAGUUGUGCAUUGGAAACCACGACCUGUUUAUGAGGAGAAGAAAAGUGGACUCAAUAGAGAUCCAGCAAAUGAAAGCACAAGCUAGGGAAGAAAAGGCUAGAAAAAAGAUGGAGAAUCAAAGGCUGGCCAGGGAGAAGCAGCUCCGAGAAGAAGCUGAGCGAGCCAAAGAAGAGCUGGAAAGGCGUCUUUUCCAGCUGGAAGAUGAAGCCAGGCAGGCCAAUGAGGCCCUGCUCCGAUCCCAGGAAGCGGCAGAGCUGCUGGCAGAGAAAGCUCAGAUUGCGGAAGAGGAGGCUAAACUGCUGGCCCAGAAUGCUGCAGAAGCAGAGCAAGAGCGACAGAGGCUGGAGAUAACAGCUCUGAAAACCAAGGAGGAGAAACGCCUGAUGGAGCAAAAGAUGCGGGAGGCAGAGCUGAUAGCAGUGAAGCUGGUGAAGGAGUCUGACCGGAGAGCCAAGGAAGCAGAGCAUCUGAAACAAGAUCUGCAUGAAGCCAGGGAGGCUGAACGGAAAGCCAAGCAGAAGCUAUUAGACAUCACCAGGCUUAAUUAUCCUCACAUGGUCAAGUACCCGCAAUAUUUGCCAACGGACACUAGAGAUGCCAACUUUGACAAAGGGUCCAUCAAGCUGGAUUUGAAGGAUGUUGACCUGAAGAGACUCUCCUUUGAGAUAGAGCGAGAGAGGCUAGAUUACUUAGAAAAGAGCAAAAAAUUUGAAGAUCGACUGAAAGAACUGAAGUCUGAAAUUCAUGCUUUGAAGCUAGAAGAAAAACAGUCUGGGCUUUACUCUCAUUGGACUGAAGUACUGGGAUCCUUGGAUCGCUCCUUAGGAAAUACCCCGUCAUGGAUGAAAACCUUCGAAACUGGAGAUUCAUUGGAUAUAAAUCUUCAAAGACCUUUCCCUGCUUACUCAUUAAAUACUACAAGCAGCUGGCCUUGUACCAACAAAAUUCAGCAUGCAGUGCCAGUGGAAAAGUCAUCUUUUCAAACAAGUUCCGUGGUUGCCAAUAGUGUAGGCACAGGAUCCAGAAAACAGAUUAUAAAGGUUCAACAGCAUGACUCGGAUGUGAUCUACAUUUGAAGAGUCUCGUCUCCUUACCAGACGGGUAGAACCUGAUUGCUGUCUGUUUGGCUGCUGCAAAAUGCACCUAUGCGAGGACAUUUGUGCAGCUCUGUCUCCUGACAGUCAUCGGCAUAAAGACGUGGUUCUAUCGUUAUUGGUGCCAUUCGGUUUCCAGGCAGGCAACAUAAGCUGGGAGCAUUAAAACUGCUGGUGUAAAAUGGCUAGUGUCUUUGGGUCCAACGGAAAACAUACAAACCCAAAGGAGCAUUGUUUACUUUUUAUGCACUUUUGAAAAAACACUUUACACUUCACUAAACCUUCCCCCUGGGUAUUUUUACACACUGACUUACCAGCAUGGUACUCUUUGUGUGUAGAAAGGAUGCCAGGCAGCAAGUGUCUUGGAGAUGUUUGGGAUGAGGAAAAAAAAAAAAUUGUACGUGACCUUAGUGUUUACCUCCACAAUAGACUAAUUCUGUUUUUGGUCCUGUCCAUAGGGCAUGACUGUCACAGAGCUGUUCAACGUUUUAGUGUUUGCCUGCCAAAUAUUUUCCUUUUCCUCCCAAAGUUUCUCUGUUCACUUAAUUGAUUUGCAUUUCUCUGUGAGAAAUCUCAGCUUGUAAUUCCAGAUGUAGAAUUGGACAUCUUCAAAUACCUCUCCUUCCUGGGGGAAUCCUUUGUUUGGAAUGCAAAGCUUCUGUUCUCUCUACAGUUUCUGACUAGAUCAAGCACUUUCUGUUGCUUGCCGCUCCAGCAAACUUUGCAUACAUUAACUUGUUUCCCAAUUCUCUGUAACACAGCUUCCAAAUUAGACAAAGACAAAAUAUGUUAUUGGUGUCUGCUAAAGUUGGACUUGCUUCUGAUGGAGAGGUGCGUGCAGCAAAAUGUCUGCCUCAUUAGUAAAAUCUACUUGCGUUUUCUAGUUUUGUAUGUGUUUAAGUGCCUGUUUGACCAAUAAAUCUUCAGUCUGAGGAUUUCUGGGAAAGCGGAGACAAUACACAGCUGUAGCUAAAGUAGUAGCACAGUUGAGCAUGUGAAAUGCGAUGUAAAAAAUGGAUGUUAAUGUUGUUAAAUAUCUAGUUCUAAAAGCUAAGAAUAAAAAAUACAUUCAAUAAAAAGCUUGAAUUUUCA